UAUCUUUUUCCUAAGAGGGAGGGGGGGAAAGUAAAGCAAAUUUAACCCUCUCUUGUCUGUACUCUUCUGUAGCUUUCUAAUUUCAAAGCAACUCUUUUCUUCAAAAUAUUUUAUUUUCUUAUUAUUGAUCCUAAUCUUCUCUUUAAAGGAUAGGAAGGAGGAUAAAAUCUACUGGAGGACGCAAUAUGCCUGUGAUCAUUGGCUUCGAGGGCAGUGCCAAUAAGAUUGGCAUCGGGAUUGUGCGGGAUGGAGAGGUGCUCAGCAACCCCCGAAGGACAUAUGUCACUCCUCCAGGGCAGGGAUUCCUACCGAGCGACACUGCACGUCACCACCGGUCUUGCGUCCUUGCUGUCCUGCAGGAAGCACUUCAUGAAGCUGGGCUGAAGCCACAAGACAUAGAUGCAGUAGCUUUUACCAAAGGUCCAGGCAUGGGCGCCCCUUUAGUGACGGUGGCCAUCGUGGCCCGGACGGUGGCCCAGUUGUGGGGGAAGCCUCUGUUGGGUGUGAAUCACUGUGUAGGACACAUCGAGAUGGGGCGGCUGGUGACCGGUGCACAGAACCCGACUGUGUUGUACGUCAGUGGUGGAAACACCCAGGUCAUUGCAUACUCUGAGCACCGAUAUCGGAUAUUUGGGGAAACCAUUGACAUUGCUGUGGGCAACUGCCUGGACCGAUUUGCCCGGGUCCUAAAGAUAUCAAAUGACCCCAGUCCAGGUUACAACAUUGAACAAAUGGCAAAGAAAGGCCAAAAGCUUGUUGAGCUUCCAUAUACAGUAAAAGGCAUGGAUGUGUCUUUCUCUGGGAUCUUAUCCCAUAUUGAGGAAGCGGCUCACAAAAUGUUAUCUGCAGGAGAAUGUACGCCAGAGGAUCUCUGCUUUUCCUUACAGGAGACACUCUUUGCGAUGCUUGUGGAGAUCACAGAACGGGCCAUGGCACACACUGGCUCCCAAGAGGCACUGAUUGUAGGAGGCGUUGGCUGCAAUGAGCGUCUGCAGCAAAUGAUGGAAAUCAUGUGCCAGGAGAGGGGAGCAAAGCUGUUUGCUACGGACGAAAGGUUCUGUAUUGACAAUGGAGCUAUGAUUGCUCAGGCUGGUUGGGAGAUGUUCCGAUCGGGGCAAAUCACUUCGCUUGAAGAUUCAUGGAUUACGCAGAGGUAUCGCACAGAUGAGGUGGAGGUAACGUGGCGCGACUGACUCCUCUGCAUGGAAGCCAAUCUUUCUUCAAGGUGCCCAAAGGAGGGAAGCAUAGAUAACAAGGAAUAACAGACUUAUUGGAUUUGGAAAUUCAGAUUGGAGUAAAGCCUACAUUUUUUGCAAAAAA